AUGCCAGCCUCCCAGCAUUCCCUCCCCACCCUCGAUAAGCUCAGGAGCGCCGUCGAUCCCCACCUUGACGCCAGAAAGAUCGCAUCAGCCUGGUUCGAAUCUUUCACCAAUGCGCUCGCAUCCGGCGACUCCGCACGUGCUGUAGGCCACCUCGUCGACGACGUCUUCUGGCGCGACACCCUCGCCCUCACCUGGAACUUCCGCACCUUCCAGAGCGCACCCGCCGUCAGCCAGUUCCUCGACGACCAGCUGCCCGUCUUUAAGCCGUCCACCUUCAUCCUCAAGAAGGACCAUCUUGAGCUCCAACAGCCCUACCCGGAUCUCGUUUGGAUCCAGGGCUUCUUUGAUUUCGAGACCACCGACGGGCUCGCAUCCGGCGUCUUCCGCCUCGUCCCGCUCCCGGACAAUGUCUGGAAGGCCCAUGUGAUCUACACGAACCUCGAGGGCCUCAAGGGCCACCCCGAGAAGAUCGGCCUGCUGCGCGACUUCGCGCCGAACCACGGCAAGUGGGCAGCAAAGCGCGCCAGGGAGAUCGACUUUCUCGACGAGGAGCCCGGCGCGGUGAUAGUUGGCGGCGGACAGAGCGGCCUUGAGGUGGCCGCGCGCCUCAAACACCUCGGGAUCAACGCUCUGGUAGUCGAGCGCAACGAGAGGAUAGGAGACAACUGGCGGAAGCGCUACUCCGCGCUGUGCCUCCAUGACCCCGUUUGGUACGACCAUAUGCCAUACCUCCCAUUCCCGCCGUCGUGGCCGGUGUAUACCCCAGCUUUGAAACUCGCCGACUGGCUGGAAUCAUAUGCACAUACCAUGGAGCUGAACGUAUGGACGUCUGCCACCGUGGAAAGCGUUAGAAAGGGGUCCAAGAAACGCUACACCGUGUCGGUAAGGCGAGUGGACGGCAGGGAACGCUCGUUCGAGGUCGACCAUGUCGUGUUUGCCCUCGGUAUCGGUGCCGGUCUCGGAAACCAUCCAACAUACCCUGGCAUGGAUGAGUUUAAAGGCCAAAUCUUGCACUCCAGCAAGCACGAUAAAGCUUCAGACCAUAUCGGAAAGAAGGUCGCUGUUGUCGGUGCAUGUACCUCUGCUCACGACAUAUGCGCGGACUACGUCGAACACGGGAUCGAUGUGACCAUGGUCCAACGCAACCCAACAUACAUCAUGUCCACCAAGGAGGGCAUGCCGCGCCUUCUCAGCAUAUUCUGGGAAAACGGCCCGCCCACGGACAUCGCCGACCGCAUCAACGCCUCGUUCCCCAACCACCUGAUGAAGCUCGUGCACAAGCGCGUGACGAAGGAGAUCGCUGAGGCAGACAAGGAUCUGCUGGACGGCCUGCACGCGCGCGGAUUCCAGACCACGCUCGGCGAGGACGACUCGGGGUUCCUGAUGCUGGCGUGGAAUCGGGCCGGCGGAUACUACCUCAAUGUCGGCGCAUCCGAACUGAUCGUCGAGGGCAAGAUCAAGCUGAAGAGCGGCCCAAAAAUCGAGAGGUUCACUUCCUCGGGCAUCCAGUUCGAGGACGGGUCGCACCUCGACACCGACGUUGCCAUUUUCGCUACCGGGUACGGCGACGCGCGCUCGGCCUACGCCAAGAUCCUGGGAGAAAAUCUCGGGAAGCUGGUCUCUCCUAUCUGGGGCCUCAACGAGGAGGGCGAGAUCAACGGGCUCGCCAACGAGGUCGGCCUGCCCGGGAUCUGGUGCAUGAUGGGCAACCUCGCGCUGUGCAGGUUCUACUCCAAGCACGUCGCUCUGCAAAUUAAAGCAUACGAAGAAGGCGUCUUCGGGCGUCGGUACGCUUAG